AGAGCCACGGGAGGGCGCCACAUAUCAAUCAAUUGCAGCUGUUUGUUUUUUUAAACAUGGGAGCACAUGUUGUAAAUAAUAUGUUUUGAAUUGGUUUUAGUUUUUUUGUUGGUUUUGAUUAUAUUAAAAUGCUGCAUGCAAAGCAGCCCCCGAAUUUAAAAGUGGAAAAUAUGUAUAAGCAUUUUAUUACAGCUGCUAUUGAUUUAACUGCAGGAUCAGCAGGUGGAGCUGCUUGUGUGCUUGUUGGCCAACCUUUAGAUACUGUUAAAGUAAAAAUGCAAACUUUCCCACAUUUAUACCGAAACAGCUUUGUGUGUUUCAAACAGACAUUUGUGAAUGAGCAUAUCAGAGGACUUUAUGCUGGAACUGUGCCUGCUUUAGUAGCUAAUAUUGCUGAAAACUCUGUGUUAUUUUGUGCCUAUGGUGUCUGUCAGAAAGCUGUAAAUUUAGUUGCUAAGAAAGAUGACAUCAUGAAUCUAAAUCCAUUAGAAAAUGCUGCAGCUGGGUGUUUAGGAGCUUUCUUUUCAUCUUUUACUCUCUGUCCUACUGAGCUUAUUAAAUGCCGCCUUCAAGCUAACCGUGAAGUUCAAGCUGCCAAAUCUGUAUCCAAGCAAGUUCUCAUAGGACCGUGGAAGCUUACUAAACAAAUAUUUAAAGAAGAGGGUGCAUUAGGAUUUUUUAGAGGAUUUGGUGCCACAGUAAUACGAGAAAUGCCUGGAUAUUUCUUCUUCUUUGGGAGCUAUGAAUUAGCAAGAGAGCUAUUUACACCAAAAGGAAAAACUAAAGAUGAUAUAGGAUUGUUGAGAACAACAAUAGCAGGAGGAAUAGGAGGUGUGUCAUUUUGGGUUGCAAUAUUUCCAGCAGAUGUUAUAAAAUCGCGCAUGCAAAUAUCUGUUACUUCUGAGUCAAUGAUUGAUGUUACUAAGCAGAUUUUACGAAAAGAAGGUUUCCGAGGCCUGUACAAAGGGCUAGGACCUACAGUUCUGAGGACAUUUCCAGCCAGUGGGGCCUUAUUUGUUGCAUAUGAAUAUACCAAGCAAUUCUUAAAUUAUAUUCUUGAGUUCUAAAAUGUAAUUCAAUUGUGAAAAUUAAAUUUAUUUAAUUUGAAUAGACAACA